UUUUGUUCCUGUCCCAGCUGGGCUCGAUUAAGCUCUCUUGGCAUUCCGGCACGUUUGAGAGCUGCUCACUUCCAGCUCAGGGGCCUGGCGGAGGAACCGCUCUUCUCUGUCACAAAGUCAGCCUCGAGCUUGGAGGGAAAGGGGGAGAGAUCUCCAUCUCUCCACCUCAGCAGCAGGGACAGCCGGAGAAAGCGUGUCUGGAGGGCGGGAGAAGAAAAGUCUCCCAAAAAAAAGACCCAGUUCCUUGGAGAUGCUCCAAACUUUCUAAGGACUUCAUUGAAAUUAACUCGGCAGCUUGGAACCAGCUCUCCCCUGCCCUCCUUCCCUCCUUUCUUCUUCCUUUCUUCACUUGGGACCCAGACGGACACAUUAGAAAGAAGAGGAGAAGUUCCAAACAUCUCCAAAAGUUUGGAGGUUGACAGAUCCAAGAGCGGAUAGUUCCCUCCACUACGUGAAGGAUACAUUUUGCUCCCCAUCCUUGGAAACAUCAUGGCCAGCUGUGUGUAGUACCUCCGACAGGUGUAUCCAUACCAUCCAAGACUCACCAUGAGAAGAACCGGGUUUCCCAUUGUGUGCUUAUUUGGCAUCUUCUUUGGCAUCUGCAGCGGAGGAAAACUGCUUUCGUUUCCAGAAGUGGAGAAAUGCCCACAAUUGCAGAAGGAGGGUCUUCGCUUGGACCAGAGCAGCGAGGAAUAUGUUAAUAUAACUGGAUUCAAUCUCAUUAAGCGGUUUGCUCUCCUGAAAACGCCGGCCAUUAAGAAAAUCCGCAACCCCAAAGGCCCGCUGAUCCUGCGGCUGGGCAGCACCCCUCUCGUUCAACCCACAAAACAGCUGUUCCCCUUGGGCUUGCCCGAUGAAUUCACCUUGGUGAUCACCCUACUCUUGAAGAAGCAGACCACCAAAGAAAACUGGUACCUCUUCCAGGUUACUGAUCGGCAUGGAUACCCACAGCUCUCCCUGGGCAUCAACAGCAAAGAGCGCAACCUGGAGUUCCAGGCCAAGGGCCAGGAUGAAGAGUUCGUCAGUGCCGUCUUCACAGGCAAAGGGGUGUCCUCUAUUUUUGACCUCAAGUGGCACAAGAUGGUCCUCAAUGUCCAAAACCAAGUGGUUUCGGUCCACAUUGACUGCAGCUACAUCUCGUCCAAGCCGUUGAGGCCUCGCCGGCAGCUGAUCACCGAAGGGAAUUCAUUUGUUGGACUGGAUGCUGUCCAGGGUGCUCCCGUCUCGAAACUUAUUUGGUUUUGCCUCUUUGUUUUCCAGUUUGACAUCCAGCAGCUACACAUCUACUGCGACCCAGCCAUGGCCAUGCACGAGGGAUGCUGUGAGGUCUCUGACAAUGGGUGCUUCCCGGAAGUUUCCAAAACACGCCGGGAUGUGGAAGUCAUGCAGAGCAACGACCUGAUCGAGAUCAACCCCCAGACAGAAGGGAAAGUCUACACGCGUUGUUUCUGCUUGGAGGAACCUCAGAGCAAGCAGGAGCUGACUGCAGCUGGGAAGGUUGCUGUGAAAGGUGACCAAGGAACAACAUGUCCCCCGUGUCUGCAGAGGUCGCCGCAUGCAAAUGACACAUUGGGUCCUGUAGGGCUAAAGGGUGGGAAAGGUGAGCGUGGACCACCAGGGAACUAUGGGUCCAAAGGGGAAAAAGGCGACCGGGGUGCUGACUGUGUCCGAAUCUCACCGGAAGCCCCUUUGAAGUGUGCCGAAGGUCCGAAAGGGGAGAAGGGAGAGCGAGGAGAAAAGGGGCCUUCAGGAUUGGCUGGGAGCACUGGGCAGAAGGGACAGAAAGGAGAGAAGGGUGAAUUUGGAAUUCAAGGCAAAACAGGAAGCCCAGGACGUGAUGGUCGACCUGGGGAGAUCUGUGUGGUGGGACCCAAAGGCCAGAAGGGUGACCCAGGAUUUGUUGGUCCUGAAGGGCUUGCUGGGGAACCAGGACCCCCUGGAAAACCUGGUCCUCCUGGAGCCGGCCUUCCAGGAAAACCGGGUGACCCGGGCGGACCCCCAGGUCCCAAAGGAGAGAAGGGAUGGUCUGGACCUCCAGGGCCUGGCGGUUCAACCGGGAAGCCAGGAAAACCAGGAGUUCCUGGCUUUAAAGGAGACAAGGGUGACCCGUGUGAGGUGUGUCCCACUAUCCCUGAAGGACUUACCAAUGUGGUCGGCCUCCCUGGGAAAACUGGACCCAAAGGAGAACCUGGGCCUCCAGGGAAACCUGGCAAAGUGGAGAAGGGCGGAAGUCCAGGCCCCAAAGGCGACAGGGGCGAUCCUGGAAUCCAGGGGAACAAAGGAGAGAAGGGUGAAGGCUGUCUCUCGUGCAACCUCGCAGCAUCGUCACUGCAAUCUCCAGGGAAAGGAGGACCCAAAGGAGAACCUGGCGCUCCAGGGACUGGAAUUCCUGGACUUCCUGGCAAAGCUGGACCUCCGGGACUGGCUGGAACCAAAGGCGAAAAAGGUGAUACUGGACCUAUAGGACCCAUGGGCAAGCCUGGAUUCCGUGGGGACAAAGGAGACAGUGGGAACUCUGGAACCAAAGGCGAGAAGGGAGAGCCUUGCAGAGAAUGCUCCAGUGCUUAUCUAGAAAGCGAGAAGCCCACCAUCGCCAUCCCAGGGCCUCCCGGGGAGAGAGGCGAACAAGGUCCUCCUGGUGUUGGACUUCCAGGAAAACCGGGGAAACCUGGAGAAUUUGGAAUGAAAGGGCAGAAGGGUGAUGCAGGAAACCCAGGUGAUCCCGGAACACCAGGUACAUCAGGUUUUCCGGGUCUUUCUGGAGAACCUGGUGUCAGGGGACCAUCUGGAGCCAAAGGCGAAAAGGGAGAAGCUUGCGACUCCUGCCCCAUCCUUACCGGAGACUCAUCUGGUGCCAUUGCCAUCCCAGGAAAACCUGGCCCUAAAGGAGAUCGUGGACUUCCAGGUGUGGGGCAGCCCGGCAAACCUGGAAAACCAGGACUUCCAGGAAUUCAAGGACCUCCCGGCUUGAAAGGGCUGCAAGGAGACCCAGGUCCUCCUGGAAAAGGGAUUCAAGGCCCAGAUGGAGAACCAGGAGAGAAAGGGGCACCAGGAAGCCAUGGAAUUCCAGGACCUCGAGGCCCCCCAGGAAAUGCCGGUGAAAAAGGUGCCAAGGGCUCCCCAGGUCCUAAAGGUGCCAUAGGACCUGCAGGCGCCAGUGUCACCGGCCCACCAGGUCCUGAAGGUCCAAGAGGCCUCCCAGGAGCACCUGGCAACAAUGGUUUAAUGGGUGAAAAAGGAGCCAGGGGUGAGAAGGGAGACUCUGGAGAAUGCAGCUGCCAACCUGGUUCCCGGGCGGACCCCAAUAUGGUUGGCCUUCCGGGUGCUCCAGGACUGUGGAUCGGGACUUCCUGGCAGCCUCAGCCAGGCCCUCAGGGACCGCCAGGGGCCCCCGGACCACCAGGACCCCCAGGAGCUCCAGGAAGACAGCUCCAUGAACCACUGGCUGCUGAGAGCGUUGAUGUCCUAAAGCACAUUUGUGGAGAUUGCGCCCAGAUCCAGGCGUUCCAAGUUCCCAAUGGCGUCAAAGGCGAAAAGGGUGACCAAGGCAUGCCUGGAGCUCCGGGUAUUGAGAACUGUGCACGGUGCUUUGCCCAAUUCCCCAGAGCAGAAGAGGCUCGGGGUGACAGAGACACUGACGAAGAGUGUGCUGGAAGUCCUGGCCUUCCUGGUUUACCUGGUGACAGAGGAGAGCAGGGACCACCAGGUUCAAGAGGUUCUCCAGGACCCCCUGGACCGGCUGGCCCCCCAGGUUUUCCUGGAACACCUGGUGCACCUGGAUUACCUGGUCUCCAAGGGGAACGUGGACCAUCUGGGAUCCCGGGAUCCAAGGGAGAAUCGGGUCCUCCAGGUCAGCCAGGAUAUCCUGGGGCCAUGGGCCCACCUGGUCUCCCUGGUGCUAAAGGAGAAAGAGGAUAUGUAGGGCCAUCGGGAGAGAAAGGAGAAUCGGGUCCUCCAGGUUUGGAUGGCCCUAUAGGUCCAAUAGGACCACCGGGUCCAAGGGGAGAGCGAGGCCUGCCAGGCAGCGGAGGUGAAAAAGGCGAACAGGGAUUUCAAGGCCAACCUGGUUUCCCAGGACCACCGGGGCCUCCAGGUUUCCCAGGCAAGGCGGGACCAUCUGGACCUCCAGGACCUCAGGCAGAAAAGGGUAGCGAAGGGAUGCGUGGUCCUCCCGGGAUGAGCGGCCCACCGGGAUCUGCAGGACCUCCAGGAAUGCAAGGUCCACCUGGUUUGGAUGGACUAGAUGGAAAGGAUGGAAAACCAGGCCUACGGGGUGACACUGGACCUGCAGGACCUCCAGGAAGGAUGGGACCUCCAGGCUUCAAAGGAAAAACAGGACAUCCUGGCCUCCCUGGACAAAAGGGUGACUGUGGCAAUCCAGGACCCCCGGGCAAUACGGGCCGAACGGGAGCUGAGGGAGAGCCAGGCCCGAUGGGACCCCAAGGCAGGCCAGGUCCUCCUGGACAUCUUGGUCCUCCUGGAAGCCCCGGCCAACCUGGCCCAGCUGGUCUUUCCGGAGUGGGGCUGAAAGGAGAAAGAGGUCCUUCUGGAGAAAGAGGCCUUGCUGGGAUCCCAGGCCAACCAGGGCCACCUGGUCACCCAGGACCACCGGGUGAGCCAGGCUCGGAUGGACAAGUAGGCAAAGAGGGCUCACCAGGAAAGCCAGGCCCUAUCGGACCAACUGGGCCAAAGGGAGAUCAUGGAUCUGCAGGGGAGAGAGGGCACCCUGGAGAAAGAGGCAGACCUGGGAUGCCAGGAGGGCCUGGGAAGAGUGGGGAAAUGGGCCCCAUUGGACCCCGGGGUCCUGCUGGAGAGAGAGGUCAAGCUGGCCCUCCUGGACCCUCAGGGAGCCCUGGGAGCCCAGGAUUGCCUGGGACAAUGGGAGAUGUUGUCAAUUAUGAUGAAAUCCGGAGGUUCGUCAGGCAAGAGCUGAACAAAAUGUUUGAUGAACGAAUGGCGUAUUACACUUCCCGGAUGCACCUCCCGGUAGAAGUGGCUGCCCAACCGGGAAGACCGGGACCCCCUGGUAAAGACGGCAUUCCCGGGCGGCCAGGACCUCCUGGCUCCCCAGGAAUACCGGGACAAAUUGGAAGAGAAGGACGGCAAGGUGUCCCCGGAAUGAGAGGUGAGCCUGGAACCAAAGGAGAAAAGGGAGACAAAGGGAUUGGAAUCAUGGGCGAAACUGGACUUCCAGGUCCUCCAGGGAUCCCAGGACCGCCAGGCUAUGGGAAAGUGGGUCUUCCAGGGCCGAUGGGACAGCAAGGGAUCCCAGGUAUACCAGGGCCACCGGGUCAGUCAGGAUCCCCUGGAAAAGCCGGUCACUGCAACCCUUCAGAUUGCUUUGGCAUGAUGCCCUUGGAGCAGCCGAUGUACCAACCCAAGAACAUGAAGGGGCCUUUAGGCUGAAGACCCAAUUUCUUCCAGAAAGAAAGCAAAAGAAAGAACUCCAUUGAGAACAUCUGUCCUCACAACUAGCCAUGAAUAAUAAUUAUUAUUUUUCAUUGCUGUUAAUAUUUUGACUAUAUAUAUAUAUAUUUUCCUCCUGAUGUCAUUUUUUAAAAAAAGAAAUAACACAACAGCACAAGGGCCUGCGUAUGUAUAUGUGUGUUUAUGUGUCUGAGAGAGUGAAAGAGAUUAAACCAAGUUUGGUAUUUUC